CCAUGGCUGGCAAGCAAGGGAGGCAGUGGAGGUCCAUUUGCAAAGGCCUGGUCCUGGGGACCCUCCUGACCAGCUGCAUGAUCCUGCUGUACUGCCUCUCCAUUCCACAGAUCCACUUCAGUCUGCCUGAGGUUCCAGUGCCUUACUCUUGUGCCCACCGUCCAUCACAGCUCCACCCAAGAUCGACCACAAACAGCUCACAACAAACCACAGGCCAGACCUGCACUCCUAAAGUGGACGUCAUGUUCAUGAAGACCCACAAAACAGCCAGCAGCACCUUCCUCAACAUCCUUUUCCGCUUUGGGGAGAAGCAUCGGCUCAAAUUUGCCUUCCCUGACAGCAGAAAUGACUUCUUCUAUCCAUCCCUUUUCCAGCGUUCCCAGGUUAAAGACUACAGACCUGGAAUGUGCUUCAAUAUUAUUUGUAAUCACAUGCGUUUCAAUGCACCUGAGGUGGCCAAGUUGCUACCAUUGGACACUUCCUACAUCAGUAUUCUUCGAGAUCCUGCAGAGCUUUUUGAGUCAUCCUUCCACUACUUUGGCCGACUGGUGCCUUUUACCUGGAAGAUACCAGGUGACGAUAAGCUAACUGAGUUUCUGCGUGACCCCCAUUACUAUUUUGAUCCAGAAGGAUUCAACUCUUUCUACCUCAAGAAUCUGCUGUUCUUCGACUUUGGACAGGACAACACUCUAGAGCUGGAUGAUCCACAGGUAGAAGAGGGAAUAAGAUUCAUCACUGACCGCUUUCAGCUGGUCAUGUUGGUGGAGUACUUUGAGGAAUCACUCAUCCUGCUCAAGAAUGCCCUCUGCUGGGAGAUGGACGACGUGCUCUUCUUCAAGCUCAACGCCCGCAAGGGGUCCACUGUAUCUAAACUCACCCCUGACCUGAGAGCGAGGGCUCUUGAGUGGAACGCUAUUGACUGGAAGCUAUACCAGCAUUUCAACCAGACUUUUUGGAAGAAAGUAGAUGCAUAUGGACGUCGGCGGAUGGCUAAGGAUGUGGCAGAGCUCAAAAGAAGGAACGCAGAAAUGACAUCAAUCUGCAUCGAGGGGGGUCGAGCUGUAGAGGCUGGAAGCAUUCAGGAGACGGCCAUGCAGCCCUGGCAGCCCAUUGGAGAGAAGUCCAUCCUGGGUUACAACCUGAAGAAGAACAUAGACAAGGGGCAUCGGAAAUUGUGCCGAAAGAUGUUGAUGCCAGAGCUUCAGUACUUAACAGAGCUUGGGGUCAACCUGUGGAUCACCAGGCUGUGGGGCCACGUCCGAGAUAUCAUUAACUGGUGA